AUGGCAGGUGGCCACGAGGUGCCGCUCUACGGCGGGGCGAUGGUGUGCGAGCUGCCGAGGACAAUGACCGACUCCAGUGUCUUCCGACAGGUACCUGACCACCAGGAGGUUUGGGUCGACACCAGCUCGGACAGGAGCGUGAUGAUCGAGAUCCUGGAGCAGAAGGAGGUCCCUGACGGCCAGGCUAUCGACUUCUUCUUGUCCGAUCUAGCCACCUCCAACGAGGCCCAGGAUGCCGUGGUCCUGGAGAGCCACAGCGUCCCCGCAGGGGAGGUGCCGCACUUGCCUUCUGCUGCCCGGUGCCUGGCGGGAGUGGGCGAGCAGACCGUGGCCAAGUUCCGCGAGGACCGUGGGAACCGCGUUCGGAUCUACGCUGCGGCCAUCCGACUGCCCGAGGUUUCGACGGACAUCCUCAUCACCUUGAACGAUCCGGUGCACCUGGAUCCGGAGAGCAGCAGCGCUCAGGCUCCGACGCCGACUCAGGCGGCCGAGGACGUGUUUAGAGUGCUCUUGAGCUCUUUCCGCAUCGUGGACUGGGGGCUCUUCGGUGAGGGCUGA